AGGAAAUCGAGAAACAAGAGGAUUCAACAAUGGCUACAAGGACUCGCUUCAAAUCUUCUUCUCCUGCACCUUCGUCCUUAUCGGCCCCGACAACCAUGACGUUGGACUCCGUCGCAGCAGCAGGAACUCCUCACCCACAGCAGACGACCUCGAAAACCACGACCACGACAACAGCUUUACCCCCAUCGAACUUUCAGCAGCAGUUCCCGCCGCAGGCGCAGAUUCACCAUCACCCAUACCCAAAUGCCGGUCACCUUCACCAUCACCAUGCCCACCCCCGAGGACCCCCACCCCGUCUCGAUGACUAUGUCGCAGCAAAGAUCGCCCCGGAGGAUCCAACCAGGCGAUUCUCGUCGACGCCCGAUAACACACCACUCGCAAUACUGAAUUUUCACAAUGCGGUUCCCCGGAAUUAUGGGAGCCAUUCGGUGCCUUCCUCUGGCCCUGUUCCUGUUGUGUUACCCCCCGUAGGGGGUGCAGGAGGGGGAGGGGGAGCGAAUGGUGUAGGGAGUGUUGGCCAUGUUCUCGGACAACCGCCCGCAUCUUCGUACGGGGCUCACCAUGCACCCCAUGAAGAGGAGGACGUGGUUCCGCAGUAUAGGUACCGGAAGAACGAGAACUCGUAUCAUCAUCGGUAUGCGCCCACCGAGAAAUCGAGAUCGUUAUCCAUUCAGUCUUUGAUAUCUUCACCGGAAUUGACCCCCCCAACAUCAUAUUCGAAUAAUGAUGGGCAAUCGGGCACACGGAAAAGAAAGGGUAGUGACGGGGAUGUCGGGGGUUCGCAUGGGACUCGCAGCGGUAGCAUUGUCUCCACGACUGUUACCAUGGAUGAUCCGGAGGUUAGAGAGGUGGUCGAGGCUUUAGGCGGACUGAAGGGUGACUUCACUGCGACAUCGCCUACCACCGCCAAUCAUCAGCUUCCCCCACACCAACGUAAUCCAUCCGGAGUUGCCGAGAAACAGCAGCCACAGCAUCAGCAUCAGCAGCAGCAACCAGAACACGAACCACUCAUUAAUCUUAUUACCUCUUCCGCACAGCGGGCUCACCCAUUGAUCUCCUCUGUGAUCACUACGGGUCUCUCCGCUUACGGUGCUUCCAAGUCAUACUCCCCCUCCUUCCGUUACGCCGCCGAGUCAGUGGAGAGCCGAGUUGGGGUGCCAGUUGGAAACGUGGUAUCGGCAGUUGGACGGCAAACCGGAUUGGACAGUGCACUAAGGAGGGGUUUGGGAGGGAACCGGAGGGCCAGCUCGGGCGGGGAACAGCGUGCGGAUACAAAGAAGAGGAAAACGAGCAAUAAGAACGGAGAUUUGCAGAAGGGCGAGGAAAGUUUUAAGAUCUUGGCUCAGCAGCGGAAGCAACAGCAACAGCAGAAUACGUUAGCCAGGAUGAAUGGUGGAAGUGAUCGGGCUCUUGACGAGGGCGCGAGUGAUAGGCAGAUUGCGGCUCCGAACCAGACCUGGCCCACUCGGGUGGUGCUUAGUACAUAUGGGUUUGGCGCGGCGUUGAAUGAAGAGAGCCUGAAGAAUCUGAAAUACUGCUUGGACUGGCUUCGCUUCUUGAAUGCGCACUUGGGGAAGCUAGUUUCUGCGUUAAAAGGCGUUGUUGAAGAAUUGGACGAUCAUCGACGGUCCCAAAUGGAUGAGGACAGGCAUGCCAACGGUGGGAUAGCUCGAGCUCUCCCCACCUCGUACGAGAACUCGCGAGCCGUCCUUGCAGCAAAGGUUGAGAGUCUGAAGGGCGAUGUAGUCGCCACGAUGAAGAAAGUGGUGGAGGUAGUGAGCAACUACACUGGGAGUGCUCUACCGGAGAAUGCCCGAGAGUUGAUUAAACGUCAUAUAUUUGCCCUUCCACAACGUUUCCAAGCCGCCAAUGCCUCGGAACUCGCCGAGAAGGAGAAAGAUGGUCCCAUGUCUUCCGCUAGCAGAGCGCUAGUUUUGGCGAAGGAGGGUCUCGACAUGAUGCAGCAGGUUAGCGCUGUUGUCGAGGGGACCAUUGAUCGAGCGGAGGAGUGGUGCGAGAGGUUGGGGAGGAAGAAGAGGGAGGAUGAUGGACAGAGUGGUGGGGAAGAGAAGAAGGUCGAAUGGGCGGAGGGGGGGAGAGACGGGGACGAAGAUGUCAAGAUGGAAAAGCCUCGAGGUUGACAUCCGUGGAGGUGCCUCGGCUCACUCUUUCUUCACCUUUCCUUUUUGUUUGUUUGGAAGUAUAUAUUUUGUGAGGUCGGGGUUUCCUUUUGAUUUACGCUGCCUUUACAAUGGCUUGCACGUUGGUAGGCUCCCUGGAGGUCACGUCGAUUGGCUGACAGGAAUUUGAUACUGAAUGUAUGGCUGGAGGGGGAUGCGGGGCGGA